GCGUGACGAGUUUUUCGGAUACGUCGCCGUCACGCGUGGCGUCCGAAGUUCUCUCGUGCCGAGCGUUCCGGUAGUGACGAGAUGGCGUCCGGCCUUCGUCGUUCGGCUUCGGACUCCGACGUGCGUCUUCCACUUGGAAAUUAACGUCGUCGACCGAUGCCGGUGACCAAAGACUGGACGUGGAUCCGAAUGGGUAAUUCCACUUUACACGUUCAGACCAAAUUUGUCGCCUUUGUACUGUGCGCGGGAUGCCUUUUGCUGCUGCUGUUGUAUUUUCUACCCUUUAAAGGUACCGUCGACGGCCGGGUUUUGCGGCCCGCUGGCGGCGACUCUCGUUCUCCGGAACCGGAAGACGGCGGACGGUCGUCUUCUUACGAUUCCACCUACCCCCUUUCGGCUCCCGAGACGACGGAGAACGGAGUUCAAUACCGGAUCGCCGUCGUCUCCGACCUGGACCGGGCCUCCCGGUCCGCCGACAGUUCCGAUAAGUGGAUCAGUUACAUGAAGAGGGGUCGCCUGACUUUUGACGUCUCUACUGGAUACGUGGCCGUCGACUGGGACGACGAAGUGGCGCUGGAAUCGACCCUGGCGGCGGGAGGAAGGGGCAUGGAACUGUCGGAACUGGUGACCUUCAACGGAAGACUCUAUUCCAUCGACGACAGGACCGGAGUGGUGUACCGACUGGUCGGCAACCGGACCGUUCCCUGGGUGAUACUGACCGACGGCGACGGAGACGAUGCAAAAGGUUUCAAGUGCGAGUGGGCCACGGUGAAAGACCAGAAGUUAAUAGUUGGCGGUCUGGGAAAAGACUGGACUACCACAUCUGGUAAAAUACUAAAUCACAAUCCACAGUGGGUCAAAGUAAUUUUGCCCUCAGGAGAAGUGGAACAUCAAAACUGGAGACAUCGUUAUUUGGCUCUUCUCAAGGCAGCACACAUUCAGUAUCCUGGAUACAUUAUACACGAAGCCGCAUCCUGGAGUGACAUCCACCGUCAGUGGUUUUUCCUUCCGCGAAGAGCCAGCCAUUCGUCUUACAAUGAAAAAGACGACGAGAGAAGGGGGACCAAUCUAUUGCUGAGAGCCAGCGAGAAUUUCUCUUUCAUAAACGUGAACGUAGUGGGAAAACUCAACCCUCUUCGUGGUUUUUCUUCUUUUAAAUUUGUCCCGGAGACUUCGGACACGUGGAUCGUGGCACUGAAGUCGGAGGAGGUGGACGGUAAGAUUGCAUCUUACAUCACCGUUUUCACAGUCACGGGCAAAGUAUUGCUGCCCGAAGAAGAAAUUGGAAAAGUCAAAUACGAGGGGAUAGAGUUUAUCUGAGGCUUAGACUGGAAAUGUAGGGGCCUUCAUUCCAAGUGGAAGGAAUUGAAGGAAAUGUGGUCUAGUUCAAAACUAGUGGAAGGCCCAUUCUUUACCCGCAAAUCCCCAAAUGCCAUUUAUGACGGUAACUGCAGUGCAGUAUCUCUUGACCUCAAAGCAACUGUUGGUCAUUUCUAUUUAUAAAUAUCAUCUCUCUGGAUUUGUGAAUUAUUUUGUCUUUCUUUCAAUAAAAGCCUCAGUUAUGAUAAUGAA